GGUUCAGCCUCAGCCCUAUCUCAACCCGCAGACUUCUAGAACGAACCUAUUCAUUUAGAGGCUUUCCAAAAUCUGAUUAUCACAAGCUUCGAUAAGCGGAUAAGAGCAAAUAGCUACCAUUUUUAAUCCGUGCACCAAGCUUUCUUUCCACCAGAUAUCUUUCACCCAGCUUCCUGCUCCUUUUUCGAGACCUAAUUCAUUCAUACCACCACAUCUCAGCUAUAUACCUACCCAAUCCCUCUGCCAAUUCAAACUCAACCCCAGUAUGGACUCUAAUAAACCAUCUACUGCGACCAGUAGCGCCUCGAAGGAAAAUCGUACUGCAGAUCCUACGGCAGGCCUUCCGUAUUACGAGGAAACGCGUCGAAAACUCAAACAAUUAUUGGAGCAAAAGAAGAGUCUCGAUCGGAUUCUAGCGCUGAGCGAAGACAGUAUUUUUAGGAAGGAAACGGAAUACCUGGAUGAGACGCCGCAGGGGAACAUCAUUAAUGGGUUUGAUGGGUAUGCAAAGGGUGCCGGUGUAGGAGGGGUGGGAAGGGGUGCUGGGACAGGCAGGAAAAGUGCGGCGGCGGGGGGAACGGAUAGACCGUUUAGUGGGAGUUCGUAUAGUUGGAGAGUGAAUGUUGUGAGUUGAGCUGUCUUACUUGGCAGGGUUUCCCUGGUGAUGUGAUGCGAUGCGAGUGCGGAGGAAAGGGGGGGUAAAGAAGGGAGUGGUGAUGCAGGAAUUCAAGCGGAUGCUCAUGCUAGGCAUAAAACUCUGAAAGAAUGAGAAAAAUCGCAUGAAAUUUUAGAGGAGGCUAAUAUCAAACCUGAAAUAGGACUCUCCGGCACCGUCGGGUGCUUCAACACCGGUUGCGGCUAUGGCUCCUACACCUCUAUCUAUGACUUUUCAAAAGAAUGGGGACAGCUCGUCGAAUCAUGCAACGCCUACAUCUGCUACUUCGGGAAAAGGGAAAAAGAAUAAGAAGAUGGCCGGGGGUGAUGAUAGUGAAACCGAUACGAAGGAAUCAACGGGGAAUAAGAAGGCUAGGACUAAUUUUGGAGCUACGAGGAAAUAAGCGGAUGUAGAGGUUGGGGAGUUUUGGGUCGUGAUUGUCAGUUUUGGUAAUUAUGAUGGCGAUUCUGGAGGCUACAGGGGUUUGGUGUUUGAAUUGGAUUUGCUGGCUGGGGAAAAUGGGUUACGGUACGGGAAUCGGGUAGGGGGUACGAUGGGCGUUCUUGUAAAUUGGGAAGGAGGAACGGCUGGUGGUCUCGAAGAAAUCUGCAGUCAACUGCGAAGCGAUCAAUUUCAUAAGUGGGGAAUAUCGGUUUGCAUAUCAAUAUUUAAGAGCUGGGUAAACUGAAUCUCGGCGUUUAUCGUGUGUAUCAAGAGAAGCUAUUGGCAAAUU